AUGACACUUCGUGGUUAUAUAGUUAUACUUAAACGGGAUGGAACCUCGGGAUCCUUUUGUGACUGGCGCGCAGAUAGGUGCAUUUUUGGAAGUGAUGGGUCCUGUGAUGUACACAUCAAAUUGGAUACUGUUGCUCCUCUUCACUGUAAACUGGAAAGAAUGGCAGAUGGACGUGUCUUUGUUGAAAAUCUUUCGAAGACCACAAAAACCUUCUUAAAUGGCGUUCCUGUUACCGAGAGGACAUUCGUUGCUCAUGAUAGUCUCUUGACCGUGGUAGAUCGGAAUUUCAAGUUUCUCUACCCAGAGAACUCCGCCUACAUUUUUAAAUCUGCGUUAUCAGGUGCCAAAAAAGGCGUUCCUCUCUCUCCAUUGUUAGGAAGUUCACCACGGUGCAUUUCCGAUGUGUCCUCGUUUGCAACGGUUAUGUCUAGUUCGCCAAAACAUUCACCGUUACAAUCUACACGAGUUAAGACUCCGACCUUAUCGUCUCAGCGUAGAGGACUCUCUACGAAGGAGCGCUAUGGUCCGACGCCCACACGACCUGUGGCAACGCCACCUGUAGUUAGUGUCGUACGUCAUUCACUGAAGCGUCGCUCCUCCAAAACCGACAAGUAUCAAAGUCCUACGAGGAAACGGGUGAAGACAAAUGUUUCUGAAACUCCUAUAACAUCUGGAUCACCAAGCGUCAGACAUCUGCGUUCAUCUUCUGCUUCAAAAGAAGAGACGUUGCAGACAAAUAAUUCUUCCUAUUAUUCAUUAAACACGGAUCAAACCGCUCAAUUCGAUUUAUUUGACGAGUCUUCUAAAUCACUCAAUGCAUCUUCGACUCUCUUGUUGUCGGGCAAAUCAAAGGCUAAUGUUUUGCAAAAUGUCUGCUUUGCUGAUGAUCUUGAGACAAUUCCUGAUGCACGUAAGAAGUCUCCUACAUCACCAGCCUCCCAGCAUGAAACCUCUACCAACAAAAGAAUGAAUCGGAAUUCAUUGAUUCGCCGAAGCUUCUCCGACAGCACUGCUCCGGACAAGUCUACUUUGGCCGAAGCAACAUGCAAAUUCAAUAGUAGAGUAAGUGUUGAAAAUGGUACGCCAUCUAAAGGCGUCUAUUAUGGUCAGGAGGUUGCCAAGUCUCGGCAAAGUAAGAGUCGGGAUCAUUUAGAUAGAUGUCGCGUUGUGAAAAAAGGUGUACAAUUCGGUCCGAGCUUGAGUCCUGAGCAAUUUGAUUCCUGUUUACCGCCUUCAACACCGAUUAAGCGUGGCGAGCUGCCGCCUCCUAGCUCGCUUCAACGCAUUUGCACAUCAAUUGUGAAGCAUCGUAGGUCAACUUCAUUGCCCUUAACGCUGAAGACUGGACAUAACGUUUCGACGCAGCUACUUAAACCACAGAAUGCAUCAUUUGGAUUGGGAACCAAGUCAACUCCUCGUGGUUUGCCAAGGAAUCUUGUGGAUUCGUCUAUAGAUGAUUCCACGGCUCCUUUGAGAAACUCAGCUAGUGGUAACCUAGAUGCCUCUGCAUCGGAUAUAUCCUAUGCCACUUUGACAAAGCCGACGAGGCUUUCAAAUGUUUCGUCACUUGAAUUAGCAGAUACGGGAAAUGAUCAGUCCUCUAAACGUCAAAGUAUCGUGACUAAUGGGUCCAACGCCGAUAUGGAUAGCGGGAGUAGCUCCCAUGUUACUUCACCUUUAUUCCCGCCGAUGCGCUCCGGCAGACGUGGAAAAUCCUCUGUCGAAAAGGUUCCAUCCCGACAUAGAAGGUCAGUAGGGGUUCCUUUUCAUCGUUCUGCUGGCCGGACCUCUGCCAUCGCCAUUGAAGUUUCGGAUACAGCACUAAAUGGAAGGAGAGGAAGAUCACCUCCUUCAUCCAAACUCAUUGGUUGGCUUCGUCCUCCGUCUUCCACCUCAAAAAGUCAGGAUGCUUUGGAUUUACAGGCUUUGUCCAGUGUUACUCCUUUUGCGCUGCAAUCAAGUGUUCAACAAUUGCAUGUCGAAAACACGUCAUUGUCGAACUCGUCGUCACCAGAAGUGCGCUUCGAGACCAUGGAUACAUUGAAUGUUCCCUUGCCGGACAGCCUUCCAGAUGUGCAUUCUUCUACGGCUACACCUAAGGCGCAGUCCUCUUCAAGAAUAUCUAGUACCCGUAGACUUAUGAGAACGUCAAGGACUGCGCCGUCCCCAAUAUUAUCUGGUGCUCAGGAGACCAUUAAUAUGCCUACUUCACCCCAUUCCGAUAUCGGCAUUGUUCCACCAAGUCAAACUAGUCCAGCGCUGGAGAUUCAAUCAUAUGCCAGACUCUCCGGUUCGCUUCCCCCCAUGAACACAUCAGAAGUUCAGGAUUUACCAAGAUUGUCAGGCAUCCGUGAACCAGUGAAGACUUCGAGGUCUGUGCUCUCUCCAAGAUUACCUGGCGUAAGAAAGCUCAUGAAAACCGCAGAGGUUCCGGCUUCACCAAUUCUGUCAGGCAUUCGAGAGACAAUUAAGACACCUAAAUCUGUAUCUUCUCCGAGACUAUCUGCUGUCCGAAGGCUUGUGAAAACUCCGAACGCUCAAGCUUCUCCGAGACUAUCAGGCCUUCGAAAGCUUGUGAAAACACCGACGAUUCAGGCUUCACCGGAACUGUCAGGCAUUCGGAAAUUAAUGAAGACUCCGAGACCUGUGCCCCCUCAGAGACUCUCGGACGUUCGAAGACUCGUGAAAACUCCGAAGAUUCAGGCUUCCCCAGAACUGUCAGGCAUUCGAAAAUUAGUGAAGACGCCGAAAUCUGUGCCCUCUCCGAGACUAUCUGGCGUUCGAAGACUCGUGAAAACUCCGAAGGUUCAGGCUUCUCCACAACUAUCAGGCAUUGGAGAGUUAAUUAACACUCCAAAGUCCGUACCAUCCCCAAGUCUGUCUGGUGUACAAGAACUCGUGGGAGCACUGGAGGUAAAGGCUUCACCAAAUUCUUCAGAAACCCGUGCAUUCGUGAAUGCUCCAAUGUCUCCCCCAUUUCCUAGACUCUCCGGUCUCCAGGAUCUUGUGAACACGCUAGAUGCGUCGAAUUCUGAUAUUACUCCGCAAAAAAACGCAACAUCGAGACCCGAGCGAUUAAACGCAACUCAGUUGUCCUCUCUUGGGGAAAGGCGCAGGUUGCUGAAAUCGAAAGGCGAUGAUGCCUCUCAGGCUCUGACUUCUGAGAUAAAUGAGGUUCGCCAGACACGUUCCAGAACGAAGACGUCUACUCUAGCUAAGGAUACGUUGAGGACUAAGGUUGUCGCUAAGUUAGAUGCGGAAGCUGAAAAAAUCCAAAGGAAACGUGGAGGUCGCACAAAAUCAGUUCUUGCUAAGUCCAUGAAGUCCAGUGCUUCACCAGCACAAAGGAGGCAGCGCAAGCGGUUGUCUCCCGUUGCUGAACCACUGUCGCAUGAAGUAAAGGAAACAGUCCAACGAGAAUCCGUCAGAAUGAGAGUAACACGUAGCUCUAAGGCAAAGUUAACCAAAGAUGUGAAGGGCAGAUUGUCACCACACCAUUCAGCGCGGGAUUCUCCAGUCCUACCGGCUAAUCUCCACUCUGAAGGUGACGAAAAAGACACUGCCUCCGCAAUUCGUCCCUCGAAAAAGGGUAGCAAUCGAAAAACUGGUUCAUCACCUCGUGAUGCUGCUUUAAACUCUUCUCCAUCAUCAUCCCCAACCGAUCUGAAAAUAAGAGGUGUGAGAACAGUCAAUUCAAACAUCUCCGCGGUUACUGGGACUCCAGCCACUAGACGAAAACGCCAUGAAUCCUCUUGGAAGUCACUGUCUCCAAAAUCGACUUUGUUGCGGAGAAGUAAAAGAACAGCGCCAAGAAAUGUUGCGGUGAACUCCUCCGUAGGACAAAAACAGGUGAGGGGGAGAAAAAAAGUACAGUUCGCUGAUCCUGAGAUCAUUGACACGGGUGAUGUAGCAAGUACUUUUGAUGAGGGUGAAGCCAAUGGUGGUGCCACAGCAGCUGCUGCUAGAAGGAGACGUGGAGCCUCGUCACGACACGUCGCACCAGAAAGUGAGAGUAUCCCGAGGCCAACCAGAAAGAGGUCAGCUGCUACCUCGUCAAGGCGAAAUGUGGCUACUUCCCCAAGCUUGAAGCCAAUACGAAGAGGCCGUGUCAAAAAGUAG